AUGAAUGAUACAAAUGAUUGUGAAGUUCUUCCUUGGUCUGAACAGGCAGCAAAAACAGUUAAACCACUUCUUUAUAUAUGUAUUAUAGCAACAAUUAUUCAUGUUCUAUUUUGGAUUCAAUUAAUUGCAUAUCCAAUAGUUCGUCAAUGGUCUAUGCAAUGGUUAUACGCUUAUUUAACUAUUGAUUUAUUAUUACUCGUUCGAUUCUUUCUACUUUAUGCUUAUCGAUGGUGGCCAACAUGUGUACCAUAUUUUCUUCGUAGUAUUAUUUGUUAUUGUGAAGCUAUAUUUGAUAAUUAUUUUAAUCUAUUACAAAGUUAUAUACUUUUAGCAUUAAACAUAUGUCGUUAUCUACAAAUUGCUCAUGGACAUAAUGUUUAUUCAUCAAAUCGUUAUACUAUUUUAAUUGCACAUUUUCUUAUUUAUUUUUUACCAUUAUUUGGUCAUAUUGUAGCAAUUAAAUAUAGUUGGACAGUACUACAAAAUCCGCCUGGUGAUGCAUGCGAUCUUUUACCAGUUUCCUUGACUAUUCGGAUUAUUUUUCUUCUUCUAUCUUAUUUCAUCCCGGUUAUAUUAACAUUAGUCUUUCUUUUCUUAAGUCUUAAUUAUGUUCGUAAUACAGAUGGUAUACGAACACAAGAAAUAGUUGAUGCUCGACAGAAAUAUCAUCGUCAAAUAGUAAAACAAUCAGGUGUAUUCUAUUCACUUUGGAUUAUAUUAUGGUCACCACAUCUUCUUGUAUUUCCAUUUUAUUAUAAAAAUAGUACAAUUGGCACAAUUGCGCAAUUAUUAAAUUAUAUAAAUAUAACACUUGAUCCAAUAAUAAUAGCUGCACUUGACGUAAGAUUUUUACAAGCGUGGCAAUCAACUGGUGAUUAUUUGAAAAGAUCUGUUAGGCUAUAUCAAGCAGUGAAAGUUCCGGUGAUUCUAACAUCAACUUCAACCGAUUCGAGUCAUCAAAAAAAAUGA